CUUGAUACACUUCUGACGUCACUUCAUUUGAUUAACUCAAUCAUAUCGUACUCAUUACCAGUCCUAAAUGCCUUCCUUGUGGUUAAAUAAACAUCAAACUUCGCCAACACCAUGAAGAAAAUCACAGUUUUCCUCCUCCUCAUCAAUUUUCUAAUCCCAACCACCACACAAAGUGAAACAAGUGAGGCUGAAUUAUUAUACGACCCCAGUGAAAACAUCGAAAUCCUGGACAUUCACAACUUUCACACCAAAAUCGAAAACUCACAAACACCCUGGUUAGUAAAAUUCUACCUGGGCUGGUGCGGCACUUGCCAGAAACUUUCAACUGAAUGGAAAAAAUUCCGCAACGAAAUCACCCCAUGGACGGAUUUGGUCAAAGUUGGGGCCAUUUCAUGCUCAGACCCUGCCAACACCCCCGUCUGUCUCAACUCCAACAUCAGUGCUUACCCCACAAUUAAAUAUUUCCCCGAAAAUUACAAAAGUGGUGAUGAUUCUACUGUGAUACUCAAGGGCGAACAUUUGGACGUUAAAGCGCUCAAAAAGCGAGUAAUUGGGCAAAUUAGGACCGAAAUCAGCGAAAAACGAGGCCAAAUGUACCCCAAGUUAUCGACAUACGAGCACCCAAACCUUGAAAAAAUGUUCGAAGGUUUAGGUGAAAGUGUCAAGUACGUGGUUUUGGUGGUGGAAGCUCCAGAUCAGUGUUUUGCGACCGAAAUCGCCCUAAACUUGCACAAAAAUCGAAAUGUUUCGGUUAAAUUUGCCCCAAACACUAACACAGACUUGGUUAAUAAUUUGCAAGUUAGUACGUUUCCAAGUGUCGUGGUCCUGGACCGUAAUAACAACGUUUCGAAACGAUUUACGGACCCAGAGGGUGUUGCUAUUGAGUCGUUUCUGCUCAGUUAUGGUUUAGAAGUUAAUAGAAUUGAACCAAACACUACGAAAAAAAUUGUUCCAAAAAAAUUAUUACGUCUGAAUCAAAGGGUGAAAAAAAUGGGCGAUGUUGUUUUCCAGGUGGAUUUGGAAGCUGCGUUAAGAUACUCACUGAAGCAGGAAGUUUCAGCAGUUAGAGUUAUAACAAACGAGCGUUUGGACGCACUAAGGGCUUACUUAACUGUGGUUAAAAAAUAUUUCCCGUUUGGUGAAAAUAACGAACUUAUAACCCAAUUAGUUAAACUUACAUCGAGCAGUGAACAAGUUCAAGGUGUUGAAAUUUUUCAACUUGUGCAAAAAGCUGAGACAAAUCGGGCGUUUUCGUCCGUUCAAACCUACCUAGGUUGUCUUGGUAGUGUAAGUGGAAAACGAAGAUAUCCCUGUAGUUUAUGGCAACUUUUUCACUACUUGACCGUUAAUUCUGACGAUGAAACAAACCCGAGAGAAGUCCUAACAGCAAUGCAUGGCUACAUCAGGCAUUUUUUCGGCUGUGGUGGUUGCAGUCGCCACUUUCAACAAAUGGCAAUUGAGCGGAAUCUGUCAGGUGUUUCCUCGCUUAAAGAAGCGGUUUUGUGGCUGUGGGAGGCUCAUAAUGUCGUGAAUCAACGUUUGAAGGGUGAUGUUACUGAAGAUCCCGAGUUUUUGAAAGACAAGUUUCCGGCAAAGUUGAGGUGUGUGGAGUGUUAUGAAGAAGAUGGGACGUGGAGGAGGAAUGAAGUGUUUGAAUAUUUGAAAAAAAUGUACGGGAAGUUUAAUGUUAGAUAUGUUGGGUCUGAUACAAGGGUGUUGUUUCCCGAUCUGGACAAUAUGUUUUAAAUUAUAAACUAAAAAAAAAAAAAUUCCCGGCGCAUCCACCAAAAUUGUAAAUUUAAAAAAAUCAA